AUGACAUCAUGGCCAUGGCUGUUGCAUUGUGGCUGGGCCCAUCCAUCUCUUGUGAUGGACGGACAAAACCCUAGUCCCCCUUUAAUCAGGCGUCUCGUCUCACUCCAAGGUCCUGAAUGCCCUUGCACGGAAACCGGUAUCAAGUUCCAGCUUCUUUUCUUCAGCUUCGGCAUUACAUUCAUUCAUUGUACGGCACUUCCAGGCAACUUGGUGUGCGGUACCGGUAUUGGAUCAAUGCAUCUCUCGUACACUGCCCACUUGAAGGGCCUGCAAGAUAUCACGAGCCAGCUUUCAUUUGUGGGGUUGACAUCUGAGAAAGAUGACAUCUGA